AUGGUUCGUUACCGAAUGAGGAGCCCCAGUGAGCAUCCACACCAGGGGCCUGGGCGAGACGAUGGACCCGACGAGCAGGGGCAGGGGCAAGGGCUGAGUCCAGAGCGUGUGGAGGACUAUGGGAGGACACAUAGGGGUCACCACCAUCACAGACGGCGCUGCUCGCGUAGGAAGUUGCAUCGGAUCCACAGGAGACGCCGGUCAUGCAGGAGGCGGAGACGUUCCUGCCGCCACAGGAGGCGGCAUCGUAGAGGCAGCAGAAGAUCCCGAAGGAGGAGGAGAUGUAGGUGCAGGAAGUGUAGGAGGCGCUACCACUAAGCCUCCCCAGGCCCAUCCAUCCUGCCUGGAGCCAAGGAAGUCGCCUGCCCAAGGAAUAGCCACCCGACCAACGUCACACGAGGCCACACCACCGUUCAAUAUUGAUGUCUGAGCCCUGAGCUGCCAAGGAGCCACGAGACCUGAGUAAUGAGCAAAGCCACCUGCCAAAUAAAGCUUGACACAAGA